AUGUCGCCUUUUUCCAGCACUCGAUUUCAUUCGAUAGCUACUGGUUCUUUCGCCAUGGCCUCUACGUGUCCCGCCGGCUCGAUCGUCAAGGAGAAAUAUGAGCGUCUGCCCGACUAUGCCGCUCCAACCCACUACAAGAUUCGCCUUGAGCCGGACUUUAGCUCGUUUACCUUCAAAGGCUGCGUUGAAAUCGAUCUCGACGUGUUGAAAGCAACAAAAUGGGAUCACUUUGAAGCUUGCGAAUGGACAAGAGUUGCCAAACUUGCAGCACACGUAUUCGGAAAAGUCAACAAUGCUUGCGAUCGAUUUACCAAUCGAGGUUACUCCCAAAAAGUGCAACUCAAGAUCGAUUACAUGGGCGUCCACAACGACAAAAUGCAAGGAUUUUAUCGCUCGAAGUAUCUUCACGAAGGACAGGAGAAAUGGAUUCUUGCUACUCAGUUUGAGUCAACUUAUGCACGGGAGGCUUUCCCGUGCUUCGAUGAGCCUAUGUACAAGGCUACUUACGAUGUGACACUUGUAGUUGACGAUGGUUUGACGGCCUUAAGCAAUGCUCCAGUUCGUGCUGAAUCCAAAGAAGGAAAGAAACAUAUCGUCACCUUCGACACGACUCCAAAGAUGAGUAGCUAUUUGGUUGCCUUCGCUGUUGGGCACUUUGAGUAUCUAGAACAAAAGUCCUCCAAAGGAACCUUGAUUCGAGUCUACACUGUUCCAGGAAAGAAACAUCUUGGUGAAUUUGCUCUUGAGGUGGGAACAAAGUCGAUUGACUGGUAUGCGGAUUGGUUUGGCAUUCCUUAUUCAAUGCCCAAAUGCGAUUUGAUCGCCAUUCCGGAUUUCAGCAUGGGAGCCAUGGAGAACUGGGGUCUUGUCACAUUCCGAGAAAUCGCACUUCUCUUCGAUGCCGAGAAAACUUCAACCAAACAGAAGGCCUACGUCGCGCUUGUGAUUGCUCAUGAAUUAGCGCAUCUGUGGUUCGGCGAUCUGGUCACAAUGAAAUGGUGGACCGAUCUUUGGCUGAAGGAAGGCUUUGCUUCGUUCAUGGAAUACCUCUUUGUUGGCUACAACUACCCGGAGAUGAAAAUUUGGCUGCAUUUCUUGAACGACGAGCUUGCUUCGGGAUUCGAACUUGAUGCAUUAAAAAAUUCGCACCCUAUCGAAGUGCCUAUUGACAACCCAAACGAAUUGGAUGAAAUCUACGAUUCAAUUACCUACGCCAAGUCCAAUUCAGUCAACCGAAUGCUUUGCUUUUACCUCGGUGAAGAGUCUUUCCAGAAAGGACUGCGCAUCUACCUUCAACGCUUCCAAUUUUCAAAUGCAGAAACAAACGACUUGUGGAAAUGUCUUUCGGAGGCUAGCGGAGUGGAUGUGAUGGCCUUGAUGUCGGGUUGGACAAAGCAAAUGGGAUUCCCGGUUGUAGCGGUCUCAAAAGUCUCCGAAGAUGACAAGAAUCUGAAACUUUCCUUCACGCAAAAACGUUUCAUCGCCGACGGAUCUGAAGACUCUGCGGACUCUUUAUGGAAGGUUCCGCUAACAUUCUCCAGCACAAGCUCACCUGAUCAGCCCUUCCAUAGGACCGUGUUGAGCGAACGUUCUAGUGAACAAAGUUUGGCCGUCGCUAAGGGCGAAUGGUUAAAAGUUAACCAAGGAACGACGGGUUUCUACCGUGUGAAAUAUUCCGGCGAGCUGCUCGAGGGACUUCUGAAAGCUGUCGCAAACCAAACUCUUCCCGUUUUGGAUCGCUUUGGAUUGAGCAACGACCUCUUCGCUUUGGCUAAUGCCGGUCAAGUGCCCAUCUCACAAGUGUUGUCAUUCGUGGAGAGCUCGCUGAAAGAAAACGAAUAUUCUGUUUGGAGGACGCUUGAUCUGGGAAUCGUCCGGAUUUCGGAUACUUUGGCCUACUUCGAUUCCGAUGGCGCUCUCAAGAAACGGUUU